AUGGUUCUAACGCGAUCCAUAGAAGGUGAAUUUGUACCAGCCUAUGAUUUAUAUGUUUAUUUGACUGACGGUAGGUCAAAAACUGGACCUAGGUCAAUGACAGUUCAUUUCUCAGGUGACCCUGGUUAUUUGUACCAGGAUGGGGAUACUGGUGACACACAUAAGUUUUCUAUGAACUGUGCAUCAAGUGUUGGAUAUUUUUCAAUAGCUCCUACAACAGGAUUCAUCAGCCUAGCUACUGAUAUUGACGAAGAUGCUGCCGGAUCUUCGACAUCUUAUACAUGUACAGUAAAAGUGUCUGACGGUGCUUUAACAGAUAGCGCGUCUUUAACCAUCAAGGUCAACAAUAUAAACGACAACACACCAAGGUUUUCCAACAAUCUGUUUACAUAUUACUUGGAUAUUAAUUACCCUCUUAACACUGUUUUUGGUUCUACGGUAGCAACUGAUACUGCGCAGGCAACAGCUACUGGCAGUCUUCAAGGGACAGCAACAGUUUUCAUCGUUAAACCACAAACUACAACAACCACCACAACUACAACAGACCGACCUCUAUUAUUUUGGGAGUAUCCGGCUAACCCAGCAUGGGUUAUUGUUGCUGGUCUUCUUGGACUUAUAAUUAUGGUGUUGCUUUGUCAAUGCAUCACAAAUGCAAUCAUUGGUGAACUGGACACAAAGGAUGAAAAAGGCAAAGAUUAUGAUGGGGAUUCAGUGAACGCAGUUUUAAAUUUAGACAACGAUUACAGGUUCAGAUGCUGUGGUUUUGUAUAUACAUGGGAAAUAUAUGUAAGCAAAGAUGCCACGGUACCAAAAAAUGUGAAAGUUCAAGUUUGGUAUGAUACAGGGACUUCGUGGAACUUGCGAGGGGAGAAUGACAUUACCGCUAGCAAUGCUGACCAAGCGAAUGUUAUACCAAUACCAGAUGGUUCUAGAAUACGUGCCUUUCUUGAUGAUUACAUUGGGUUUUUUGAAUAUGCUGGGUUUGUUAUCACAUAUGAUAAUGGAGAUGACUACAGAACAGCUACAUUUGCUACGGACCAGACAACGUUUGACUGGGGUGCAGCAACUAGUGGCAACAAAAGAGACCAUGCAAUUCACGCAAGAGUAACUCCAAGUCAAAAACCAACGUUUACCAACCUGGAUGAUACUGUUGCAAUAAGUAACAAUGAAGUAGCCGGAACUGUUCUAUUUACUGUCGCUUCAAGUGAUAGUGAUAUUGAAGAUGCUGGACUAUUAAUUGUAGCACAUACAGCGAGCUCUGGCUCUGCAGCAGCCUUUUUUGAAUUUGACCUUAAUACAAUGGAAGUUAAAAUCAAGUCUGGUGUGUCUCUUACUCCUGGAGAUCAUACAAUGACAUUUACUGUAACCGAUCCAUGUGCACGAUCAUCGACAGGUAUUCUGACGAUACGAGUGGAGAAUGAUCCACCAGUAAUAACAAGUUUAACUAACAGUAAUUCAACGACUAUAUCAGAGGACUUAUCAUCAGAGAUCUUACUUCACACUCUUAUUGUCACGGACACACAACCUACCAUUUGUUCCCUAGUGUCGACUGGUGUUCCAUUUGUAAUCAAACGUAUUUCUGGUAGUACAAAUUAUGGAAUAUUCUUAUCUAACGGAGCAUCCUUAGAUUAUGACGCACAGAAUGCAUAUGUCCUAGACUUAUCUUGCACGGAUGGUUAUGAUGAUACAGCGGGUAUUUAUACAGUCAAUCUUAUUCGAAACGAGCCUCCUACGAUUAACGGACUUCCAAGAGCAACAGAUAUACAAGAGGACGUGGUCACAGAGACAACACUUUACACAUUUUCUGUGACAGAACCAGAAAACACGGCAGUAACAUGUUCUGUCACUGCAAUUACACCAAAUACAAAUAUUAUAUUCAUGAAGCCAUCCACAAACUUUAAUGAAUUUGAUAUUAUUUUGCAAUCAAACCCCAGUUUACAAUAUGAUGUGGUAAGAACUUAUAGAAUUGACAUCGAGUGCAGUGACGGUCGACGCCCCGAUUCCAGUGUCUUCUUUAUGAAUGUUUUACGUAACAAACCACCUGUAUUUUCAAACCUUCAAAAUAUAACCUCAGUUUCGAGUGUCGCAUCAUUUAUUGGACAAAUCGUCUUCGACGUUGAUAUAUCUGACCCAGAAAAUGACCAGGUGGAGUUUUCCAUGUUUUGUGUACCAUCAGCCAACUGUCCAUUCGAAAUAUAUCACUCUGGAGAAAUAGUGCUGAAGCGGUCUCUUGAAGGUGAAUUUAUACCAGCUUAUGAUAUAUACGUUUAUGUAACUGACGGGAAGUCGACAACGGGACCUAGAUCAUUGACAGUCCAUGUACUAGAUAUAAACUUUGUCCCUGUUAUAAGGAAUCUACCACUACCGUCUGCCUUAGUAGUGUCAGAAAAUUCCGCUCUGGGUUUGAGUAUUUUUCAAGUAUCUAUACAAGACAAUGAUGGUGCAGAUACACACACAUACACAAUGACGUCAUCACCAUCUGAUGGGGUUUUGUACUUCGAUAUCAAUCCUGCAAAUGGCCUUUUCAGUACCUCUGCAUCAACGAAUAUUAAUUUCGAGGGCGUAUCGUCAACUUCCUUCACUUUUACGAUAACAGUUACUGACACAAAAGAUUCGACAUCUCAGAAUCUAUCUAUAAGUAUAGUCAAUCAAAACGAGGCUCCGGUGUUUACAAAGAAGGCGUACGCUCUAAGUGUUGAUGAAGGUGUGGCUGGAACUACUUUAGCUGACCCUAGUUACCUCUACCAAGAUGAGGAUAAUGGUGACACUCAUAAGUUUUCAAUGACCUGUGCUUCAAAUGUUGGAUAUUUUUCAAUAGCUCCAACAACAGGAUUCAUCAGCCUGACUACUAACAUUGAUGUUGAUGCUGUUGGUUCUGCUACAUCUUUUAUUUGUACCGUGGUUGUGUCAGACGGGUCUUUUACCGACAGUGCAUCUUUAACAAUAACCGUUAAUAAUAUAAAUGACAACACUCCAAGGUUUUCCAAUAAUCUGUUCACCUACUACUUGGAUAUUAACUACCCACUUAACUCGGUUUUCGGUUCGACAGUUGCAACUGAUGCCGAUACUGGACCUUUUGGAAAUUUCAUUUAUAGCAUUGACCAAACAGCCUUAGGGACAGAAACAUUUGGAAUUCAAUCAAAUGGAGAUUUAUACUUGAAGAAUUCUCUAACAAUUUAUGGCUAUGGUUCAAGUAUUAGCUUUACUGUUCAUGCUACAGAUACUGGUAGUCUUCAAGGGACAGCAACAGUUUUUAUCGUUAUACCACAAACUACUACAACCACCACAACUACAACGGAACGACCUAUUACUUUUUGGGAAUACCCUUCUAAUCCAGCAUGGGUUAUUAUUGCUGGUCUUCUUGGACUUAUAAUUAUUGUUUUGCCGUGCUACAUGUGCUACAAAAACGGAUUUUCUUGUACAUGGAGAGGGCGGCCUGGUGACUACCACGAAAAGCUUCAAGAACCAUCUGAAAUAAACCAGCAAAACGAGAGACCAAAUGGUUCUUCUUCUCGUAGUUGGAAACCAUUGAAAUGGUAUGAGCGUCAAUGAAGACAUAGUAUUAGAUUUUACAGUACAGUUAAAUAUAGACAAACUCUAAAAUCAUGUUUCAUUUGUAGUUGUAAUUCAAUUUAUUAUUGUUGAUUAUGGAAAAA